AUGCUGGUGAUUCCUGUGCUGGUGUUGCUGAGCCUGCUGGACCCAGCGCGAGGCAGGGCCCGCUGCGCCCCGGGUCAGCCCUGCGACCCCCGGCAGCGCAGGGACGCCGGGGGCCGCGGGGGAGUCUACGAACAUCUCGGAGGAGCCCCGAGACGGAGGAAGCUCUACUGCGCCACCAAAUAUCACUUACAGAUCCACGCCAACGGGAGAAUAGAUGGAUCGCUGGAGGAGAACAACCAGUUCAGCAUCAUGGAGAUCACUGCUGUGGACGUAGGUGUUGUGGCCAUCAAAGGCCUGGUUUCGGGCAGAUACCUGGCCAUGAAUGAUAAAGGCCGGCUGUAUGCCUCGGAGGUGUUCAACCGAGACUGCGAGUUUGUGGAGCGGAUCCACGAGCUGGGCUACAACACGUACGCCUCGCGCCAUCACUCCACCGAGCAGCCGCUGCCGGCGGGCGGCUCCGGCAAGCGGCGAGCCAGCGCCAAGCGCCAGUGGUACGUCUCCAUCAACGGCAAGGGUCGGCCGAGGAGAGGCUUCAAAACCCGCAGCACCGACAAGGCCUCGCUGUUCCUGCCCAGAGUGCUGGGGAACAAGGACCACGAGACAGUGCGGAGGUUGAGGGACAGUCAGGCCCACCAUCACCACGGCAAACGGAGGAGACGGAGACAUCGUGCCAGGGACUGUCCGCAGAGGGACGCCUCAUGAUGCUGGACGGACGUGGGCUUCUUUGAAAAGAGACUCCUGAGAGCCCACAUUUGAGUUGGACCACUUGGAAAUAUGGCGCCGCGGCUCCUCCUCACUCAACUGCGACAUUUCCCGCAAAUAAUCCCUUGCACUGGCUACGUUUACAUGGACACAGUGAGUGAACUGGAGGAUAAAUAAGUGCUUCAGACCCGGCUUUGAACAAAGGUGUGAUUUGACGUUGCCUUAGAGUAGUUCACUGGUAUCAUUUCCUGUGUCGAACUGGCUGCCUUGGACCUGCCGAGUCAUGUGAGGUGGCCACGUUCAAAGUCAAAUUCGAUACUUAUUCAAAGAGCACCAGGAACAAGGUGAUCGAGGUGGAAGGUCAAGGGAGGGACAGUCGCCGAACUGAAAAUUUGACUUUUGUUUGUUUAAAAACUGUCCCCGAAAACUGAGUUUGAUGUGUUAACAGGUUCCACGAUGCUCCACCUGAACUUUUAUCAUAAAUUAUUUCUAUUUAUUGAUGUUUUUGUUCAAUCGCUGGUCAAGAAAAAUGGGUUUCCUCUCAGAGUUGACUGGACAAAAACACGUCAAUGUUAAACUACCAAACCGUUUUAUCACACGUAAACGAAACACAAAAGUGGAAAAGCUUUUAAACAACUGUCGCACACUUUCCAACCAGCCUCCUGACCGAGUCUGGUGCCGUCACACAGCCAAAAUACUUGUUCAGUGUAGAGGCAGAACAUGACUUUAACCAAAGUGCUGGUGGAUAUUGAAGAGCAAACAAAGCACUUUUUACCAGUCCGAUCACAAGAACACACACCGAGCGAGUGUAUUUCUUUAGCUACUGUCUGAAAACUGAACGUUGUAUAUUUUACUAAUGAUAUAAAUAUUUAUUUACUGCCUGUGUUGUAAAUUAUUGUCCGUAGCUCUCACUCACCACACACUGACCGAAGACUACUUUUCAGUUUUAAUGUCCAGUUUGCAGCCAAAUUUUUGUGUGUAGAUACAGAAGUAUACACUGGACGUGAAAACCAAAGCUGUUUCUUUAUUUCGCAAACAUUCGAGCUCCUUCCCUUUUCAUCUGUUCUACCUGAA